AUGCUUAUCGCACACCGUCAUUCAGUACACGUACGUAAGGUUAAUGUACGCGAGGAUUCGAGAAGUUAGAACUUAGACUUUUGCCUGGGCUGUGGAAAAUCAUUUUGAUUCAUGCUUGAUGUAUGAUGUUAACAUGUCGAGAACAAAGAAAUUACUAAGCAGACCUGAACUUCCAAGUCUUGAUGAAAUCACUAAAGACUUGGAAUCGGCGCCGAGCGAUGAUGUCGCGUUUACAUUCUUGAAGAAGGACAUUACCGGUACCAUGGGUACAGCUGGUGCUGCGCUUGGCCUUGGGAUUCCUCAUCUUCAGGAUUCCCAUUCAAAAUCAAGAGAUUUCAUCCCCUCCGGUGAAUCUUCAGCCAGGGUCGCACUGGAUACAUCCAAAUCUUUUGAGUCAGCUGCUAAAAGACCCCGACAGGAAUCCAGCAAAUCAGUGUCGUCUAGUGCAAGGAAAUCUGAAGAACAACUGCAGAAAAGCAAGGAAGAAAGGGAGAUCGAAGACUGCUAUCAGAAGGUCCUGAAGUUCUUGGAAAUGAACUCUUAUCUUAGAGACUCACAGGAGAAGAUGUCCCAGCAGUGCGCAGACUUACAAGAAUUAGGACAGACUGUCAAGGAUCAGAUUGAUUCCCUAAGAACUCGGCUUCACACUUCAUAGUAUGGUAUCUACUUGCCGCAACAGAAUCUUUAAGGCUUGGUCCCACUGCACUUACGGAUGCAGAGAGGAUGUAAAACGGAAAAGAAUCUUGCCAUCCGUUGGAAAACGUUAUAUCCGUUGUGUACUCUUUGCAUACAUGUUUCAUACACUCUAUAUCCAUCAAGCAUCUGCCAACUGUGAUUUCAUUGUUUGCCGAUUUUGUCCAUUUUCUGGAGGGGAUGAAAAUGGAUUGAGCCACACCAAUAUUUUGCUUGUGCGCUGUAUCCGUUACGAGUACAUUUUGUGUUCAUUGGCCAGUAGGACCAGGCCUUCACAUCUUCACUGACAUUCUGACAAUCAUAUGUUUACUAGAAAGACCUGAACUUUUUUCUACUGAUGCUGUAAACUUUCGCUUGUGAUUUUCAAAAACAGUUACAUCCAUAACACUGGUGAUAUAUUUCAGAGUAAAAAAAAUACAUAAAAGGAGUUUUUCUUUUUAAAGCAUGUAUUUUCAUUUUGUUGAGUUGAAAAUUCUUGCAGGGCACAAUGCUUUUGAAAAUUGAGAAAAUGAAAACCAUCAAAAUUUUUAGUAGAGCUCUGCUCUUUCAACCUAAAAUGUCUGUAUGUGAAGUACACUCUAUAGACUAAUGUUCCACUGCUUUAUUUUCUGAUUCCAGUCAUUGAAGCUGGUCAAGUUGUUACUAUCAACGUCAAAUAGAUGUCAUGAUUUCAAUUGCCUAUAACAGCUGCAAAUAACCUUUUUUUUAUGGACAGCCAGGUGAUUAGAUCUUUGUUUUUUUAGCUGAGUUUUCACUCUAUAGUGCAUACAUGUACAUACAUUCAUGUAUCAUCCUUAACUUUUGAUCUGUGAUGUAAACAGGUAGUCAAAAAUUGUGACUGGUACUGUACCAACCAGUAUUAAAGCUAACUACCAAUAAUUGGUGGAAGUACUAUAUGAUAUUGAGUAUAGAUAAUUCAAUUACAUGUGGGACAGGCCUAAUUUACACUGUUCACUAAUAAAACCAAAUUUGAUUGAUCGUAAAAAAUCAAAAGUCAAACAUAGACUUUAUUGUAUUGUAGGGUCUUCUCCGCCUAUCCCCCAUGGUCUAACCCAUUUUAUUUACAAGUUAUUGCCAUAAACAUGUCAUUUUGCCCAUGUAUCAUGUAAUUGUUUUUUUCUUAUCCACAUGGUUGAGCAUAAAGCUGAAAUGCCAUUUAAAAAAAAAACACAGCAUAAAUAACGAAAACUUAAGUAAUCAAUUGAAAUGGUACUAGGACUUUUUUUCAUCUGUACAAAAAUCCAAAGUGGGUGUAACAAAGUGAUGAUUGGACUGAAAAUGAAAUGAGACAAAUGUAAAUAAUAGACCAAUUGGCUAAAAUUAAGCCAUAGUGGUGUUAAACAAUCUAGGAAGUAGGCAAAGUAGUUUUGAAUUAGGGUUAUGCUUGUGGAAAUGGCAUAGACAACAGUUUUAGAUGUGUAACAAUAUUGUGUAUUGUUACUAAAAUUUGUGCAAUCAUGAAAUUUGCCCAUCAGGCAUUCCUUUUAUCUGGUGGAAACACAAGUGAUUGUGUAGCUGAAAAGUAUCUCUCUGUUGGGUUCUAAAAUGCCUCAAUCUCAUAAAGUAGAUUUAAUUUUCAAGUACAUGUAUUAAAAUAUCUAUAAAAUAACAUUCUGUAUGCAUAUACAAAAUGAUUUCUAUGUUUUGAAGUAGUCAAAGUAUAGUGCACAUCAUUGAUCUAAAGUACAUUUUUAUGCUGUAACUAUGUAUUAAUUGCACAUGUGUGCUAUGUUAUGUUCUAUAUUCUUCUUUUCAAAGGGGAAUCCAACCAAAUGGAAAAGUUGGUUUAAUAGAAAGGGGAAAUUUCAUAGAAACAAAAUUGGACAUAAAAAUAGUAGGAAAAAAUCAAUCUUUAGUCAUAAGUUUAUAAAUAAAUUGAAUUAAGAUUUUUUGUUGAAGGUAUAAUGUAACAAAAUAUGUGUACGUUUACUCAAUACUGCAAUGUUACAAGAUUGUAUCCUUUGUUUGAAUGGAAUAAGACCAUUAAAACUUUGAAAAAUAUUUUGCAAAC